GCAUCAAGUGAAUUUGGAACAUGGCGUCUGUUUAUUUAUCUAGUAAACUAUUUCUUGUUUUUGUUAUAUAUUAUCAAAUUGUAUAUAGUGAAGAUGAUUAUUAUAGUAUACUAGGACUUAGAAGAAACGCUGACAGUGAAGAAAUUAGACGUGCUUAUAGGCAAUUGGCUAAAGAGUGGCAUCCUGACAAAAAUACCAGGUCUGAUGCGCAAGAAACAUUUAUAAAAAUUAACAAAGCAUACGAGACGUUAUCUGACCCAAAGAAAAGAGAAGGUUAUGACAGAUAUGGAGAAGCUGGACCCACCAGCCACCAUGAAGAAGAGUUUGAAUUUUUCCAGGAUGCUGGGUUUAUGUUCUUCAAUGGAAUGCCUUAUCAGAGUCGACAUGAAGAUUUCAUAACAUUCAACUUUUUUGAAAAAACUAUUUUACCAGAGAGUUAUAAGAAGUUGUAUUUACUUCAGAUUGUAUCUAAUUGGUGUGUGAGUUGUGAAGCAGUGGAAGAGAUAUGGGAUUAUACUGCAAGAGAUUUAAAAAAUCAUGGAAUAGGAACUGGCAAUGUAAAUAGAAACAUGGAUCCUCAAUUAGCAAAAUUCCUUGGUGUUAGAAAACUCCCAGAUUUUGUUGCUGUUAUUAGCGGAAAAUUGUACCACUAUACUGGAACUGUUAGUGUUCAAAAUUUAAAGAAUUUUGUUAGUGGGAUAUUCUCAAAACACCAUUACAUACCAGAGGUAACAAAUUCUAAUUGCAAAGAAUUUCUUAGCAACUGGUAUGACAACAAGCCUAGAGCUUUACUGUUUACAACAAAGAAGGAGGCACCACUCUUACUGAAGAUUGUUGCAUUCAAGUAUCAAAAUUAUGUUGGUGUUGGUUACGCUCAAGCAUCUAAAUCAGAGAAUAAUGAAAUGAGGGCAAGAUACCAAGCAUCGAAAUACGAACCUACGUUUAUGAUAUUCAAAGAAAAUAUUUCAAAAUCUCAUGUCUUACUCCAGGCUUCAGAUUUAAAGUAUGGUGUAUUAGAUGUGACCAUUUCUGAUAAUUUAUAUCUUCAAUACCCACGUCUUUCUUCACAAGAAAUGUUUGAGACUCUCUGUCCUGCUGAACGAUCAGUUUUAAGAAGAAGUUUAUGUGUAAUCCUGUUCACAAACUCAGCGCCAAUCAUUCAACACUCAUUACCCAGUAUGUCCAAAGACGUUUUAUGGAAAAAGAAGAGAGUUCGUUUUGUUUACGUCAACCCAGACGUACAACAGGCAUUUGAAAGUGCCAUUAAAAUGAACGAAAAGUCGAGGACUAUUUGUAGAAAUAAACUCAUGUCCAAAAGGGUUGCUAUAUUAUGGCGUAUAAAAGAUAAUGAAGUGAAAUAUACUUGGUUUGAAGACGGAUGGUGUGGGCCAAAAGACGUCGUUCGUCUUACUAACGUUUUAAAUGAUAUAAAAGAGGAGGAUGUUGAAUUAGAGAUGAGCGCUGUAGUGCCUGAGUUCUACAAUGAACAUGCUAAGAAUGUUCAGACACGAGUGUCAGAUUUAUGGUCUGAUCUGGUCUAUUAUACCUUCCAUUACAUUAACUGGUCCGGUCACUUACCAGCGUUAUCGUUGGCUAUUACUUUUGGUUUUGCUUUUCUUAUCAGUUUUGCAUUCCCUUCUAUGACUGAAAAAGACACAACAAAAUCAAAUGAAUCGCGGAACGUAAAAGAACUGUAUGGAUUAGCUCAUUUAAAUUCUGCUACUCAAGAUAAACUUUUGCACAGGUGUCCACAAGGACAGCUGGUUAUCGUUCUUCUAUCAGAUGCCACCUCCGUAUCUGAGGCUGAACUCUCGCCAGUUGUGCAGGCGUUUGCUCAUGCGAGUCGUUCUUAUCAAACAGAGAAAAAUUUAACAUUUGGCUGGUUAUCUAUCCCAGAACACAUUGCGUGGUGUAACGAAGUAAUGAAAGUUCAGACAUUCGGGGAGAUUACGGCUGGUACUGUUCUUGCAUUAAAUGGAGCUAAGAAAUAUCUUUCUAUUUUUAAAAUUAAAAAAGCAAUUGCACAGGACGCAGGGAAUGUGUUUGAUGACUCGGAGGAAGACGAAAGCUCGCCGAUGUGUCACCGAGAUCACAACGACAGUUCAAAGAUGGUGUUCCGAGAGGAUAGGCGAACGCAAAAACAAACUGCUACCGCGCUUGCGCAACAAUUUCCGAGGUGGAUUGAGAAACUAUUAGAAGGAAUGGUGACGCGAGUUAAGAUAGACUGUUGGCCUAGGCUUGAGUGCGAUCAAUAAAUUUAUUUUAUUACUCUGUUUUAUCUACAACAUAUUAUUACAUUUAAACUUUUUAUUCACAGGAUUUCUUUGUUCGUAUCUUUAA